AUGCCGGAGUAUAUUCUUACGGCCGCCCAACUGGAGCAGCUGAAAGCGCAGGUUCGCGUUUACAAGCAGCUGGCAACGCAGGAGCCGGUCGCUCAGUCGCUUAUUUCGUCGUCCGUUUCAAAGCCAUCGCUGCUGCCGGAACCGUACGAGUUCCCAGGUGAAACAGAAACGGGCGAGAAGCUGCCGUAUGAUUUGAUGAAAAUCCUUACUUUGCAUCAGCAGCGUGCCAACAGAAGCACACUUCUCCCGCCUCCAUGUGGAAUUGAUCCUCAAGCAAUCCUAAGGGAACGGGAAUUCAGGAUACAAAACCGAAUAGGGGCACGAAUCCGAUUUCUCAGCAAUCUUCCUGCUUCUCUAAGCAGACAUCUGCUAACGAAGGCAGAAAUCGAACUGCGUGCUUUGCGCCUGCUCAGUCUACAAACACAGGUUCGCAUGGAAGUGUUAAAUCAGCUGAAGAAGGAUACGACACUCGAAACAGCGCUCAAUCCUUAUGCGUAUCGUCGUACAAAACGGCAGACACUGCGGGAGGCGCGGGUUACCGAAAAGCUUGAAAAGCAACAAAAAGUGGAGCAGGAGCGCCGUCGACGACAGAAGCACAACGAUUUGCUGCAAGCAAUCUUACAACAUGGCAAGGAAUUCAAGGAAUAUCAUCGAAACAAUUUGGUUAAGCAAAGCAAAAUAAAGAAAGCUGUGCUAACAUAUCAUGCGAACAGCGAAAAAGAGCGAAAAAAGGAUGAACUGAGAAAUGAGCGAAUGCGUAUGCAGAAACUGAUGCAGGAAGACGAAGAAGGUUACAGGCAGUUAUUGGAUGAGAAGAAGGAUAAGCGUUUAGUCUUCCUAUUGCAACAAACCGAUGAAUAUGUAGAAAGUUUGACGGGCCUCGUUAAGCAACAUCAAGCAACGGAAAAGCGAAGGAAGCGUAACGAGCGCCGCGAGCAGAAAGCAAAAGAAAAAAUGGAAGAAGGUAAUGAAUUGUCUGAGGUACGAAUACGCAUAAGAGAUGUCGCCACCGGUGAACUGUUGUCAGCGGAGGAAAUGCCGAAGUCGGAAGAAGUUGAUUCAUGGCUUGAAGCACAUCCAGGCUAUGAGGUAAAAAUUACCUUUCCGAUGUUUGAUGUGGCAGUAUAG